CUGAUGGGAGCUGUGGCUGUUACUGUCUCAGCAUCUUCUUCCUCUGCCUUAGUUUCUGUGUACAGUGCGGUGCAGAGCAAAGCAGCACCCGGGCUAACACAAUGGCUACUCUUAAAGAAAAGCUGAUUGCACCAGUUGCAGAGGAGGAGGCGGCAGCCCCAAACAAUAAGAUCACUGUUGUGGGUGUUGGACAAGUUGGUAUGGCCUGUGCUAUCAGCAUUCUUGGAAAGAGUCUUGCUGAUGAACUUGCCCUUGUUGAUGUUUUGGAAGACAAACUCAAAGGAGAAAUGAUGGAUCUGCAGCAUGGGAGCUUAUUUCUCCAAACUCCUAAAAUUGUGGCUGAUAAAGAUUACUCUGUCACUGCUGGUUCGAAGAUUGUUGUAGUCACUGCAGGAGUCCGUCAGCAAGAGGGAGAAAGUCGCCUCAACCUGGUACAGAGGAAUGUGAAUGUCUUCAAAUUUAUUAUUCCUCAGAUUGUAAAGUAUAGCCCAGACUGUACCAUAAUUGUGGUUUCCAACCCAGUGGAUAUCCUGACCUAUGUCACCUGGAAACUGAGUGGACUGCCCAAGCACCGGGUGAUUGGUAGUGGAUGCAAUCUGGAUUCAGCCAGAUUCCGUUAUCUUAUGUCUGAAAAGCUUGGCAUCCAUCCAAGCAGCUGCCAUGGCUGGAUCCUGGGAGAACAUGGUGACUCAAGCGUGGCUGUAUGGAGUGGAGUCAAUGUGGCAGGUGUUUCCCUUCAGGAGCUGAAUCCAGAAAUGGGAACUGACAACGACAGUGAGAAUUGGAAGGAAGUUCAUAAGCUGGUUAUUGAAAGUGCCUAUGAAGUGAUCAAACUUAAAGGAUACACUAACUGGGCUAUUGGAUUAAGUGUUGCUGAUCUUAUUGAGAGCAUGUUAAAAAAUCUAUCCAGGAUUCAUCCUGUGUCCACUAUGGUGAAGGGGAUGUAUGGCAUCGAGAAUGAAGUAUUCCUCAGCCUUCCAUGUAUUCUGAAUGCUCGAGGACUAACCAGUGUUAUCAACCAGAAGCUGAAAGAUGAUGAGGUAGCUCAACUCAAGAAGAGUGCAGAUACCUUGUGGGACAUCCAAAAAGAUCUGAAAGACCUGUAACGUCCAUAGCAGUAUUCUGUAGAAACCCAAUCAAUAUGAUAUGAUUCGCUGUGCCCACUUAGUGCUUAGCCAUCUUGGUGGUUAGAAUUUUUUCUCUUGAACUCAACUCUGGCCACAGCAUCAAAGUAUAUAACUAAAAGGCUUGCUAUAUGAACCAAUAAAUUGAUUACUGAAGUGUG